GUCGAACCUGGUGGACGCGGUGAUCACGCUGCAGAAGAUGGGGCUGCGCCAGGGCCAACGCAGCAGAGAGCACGAGCACGUGUUGUGCCAGUUGUUACUGCCGAAGGUGAACUCGGUGAGCCAGGCGGGCCUGCAGGACGGAGCCAAGAAAGUGCUGGGAGAGUACAAGGAGCUGAUCAACAGCCCGGCGGGCAGAACAGCGGUGAAGAAGCUGUUCGGCUGCUUCAGGGUGAAAGAGGCGUACAGCGAGGACGGGACGGACGACCAGGACAGCAAUGUGAAGAUCACGUACCAGAUCAACCCAGCGGCAGACCUCGAGAAGGUGGCCAUGACUACCAAGCUGAUGAUGGACCCAAGGCCGACGCCACAAUCGCUGCGGAGGGCGAUGUACGCAACCUUCCUGGAGCAGGAGGCAGAAGAGGGAGACGGGCCAGCGCCGAAGGACGAGCUGACGAGGGUGGCGGAGCGCCAGCUGAAAGCGCUGCAGCAGAG